AUGCCUCGCUCUAGCAAGAAACUGGAGGCCGGUGCCGAGGAUACCGAGAUACGCAGCGCGACCACUCCUGAGCGUCACAUACGACUUGCAGUGUUCAGUGGUUUGACAUGGCGCGGGUGGAGAAACGUAAUUGCCCCCGGCUGGGAGUACAUGAACCGCGGUGAGAUAUUCAGAGAAGCCAGUGGUUCUCGAAAAGAGAACACGGCUCAAGUCUGUUCCCCUGCGUCCAUUGGCGGUGUCGCCGGAUUGAGCGCCGGAGAAAGCUUACAUUCUGAGCAGUCGAAUCCUCUAGUUAUGAGCGCUCACACCUCCCCUGCAUCGCAUAUAGCGCGUGUGUCUCUCUACAAGCCGCACAGAUAUUCCUCCCGGCGCGUGAAUUGUGUCAGCGUAAGAUUGAGUGAGCUCAAGAAAAAACCAGAUUGGACGACUGGGUGGACAAAUAGCGAUGCGCCUGCGCUGACGUUCGACAUCGAAACAUCUGUGGGGGAGAAAGUCAGGAAGAUUACGCACAAGAAAAUGCCAAUAUAUAACGUCUUAUCCCGCCCGAGGAAGUGCAAGAUGGAAAAGCGUGCUGUGCAAGGUCCGAGGUCUCCCACGGAUCACAACGAGCGUCUGAAGCCAUGUGCCUUGAAAAAGACGUGGUGGCAGGGUACUGCCACACGUCCCGCAUCAUAUAAAACGUAUGCUUCUGAUAAGGAAGAUGGCGUCCUUAUCAAGGAUCAAAAGCAGCAGAUACUAUGGCACUUUGCUAUUUGCGUCUCGCGAUCGACGAGCCAUGCACGCACGCUCGCUGCCAAGACACUAGUGUCAUAUACCCAAGUCAGCACGAAAGUAAAGCGUGAACACCGAAGUGGCGGCGCACAUACGAUGCAUCCCACUACCGAGACCGCGGAUCAGACCACUCUGUACACCUGGAACGGUUGGUUCCUGUGGACAAAUGAUGAACGCACUCUUGGUGCGAUAGGACACGGUCGACCUCUCGAUCAUCACAACAUUGAGUUGCUUAUGGAUGUGAUGAGCGACUAUCGGGUGUGCUUCCACCACUCUUCAUUCAUUCAGCAGAAGAUGUCGGAGACACUAUCUGCACAGACCAUUGAAGAUUUACUGGAAGCUUUCUUUCAACAGGCGUGUAUCGAUUAUGCAACUACUGCUCUCCUUACCUACUACGUUGCCCUGAACUUGCCACAUGAUCUGCGGCGUCUGUGGGGGCGAAGAUCCAUUGCAACACUACUCUCUGCCAUCAACUGGCUUGCUAUCAUUGGCACUAUCUUUACUUCCAUGCCGUUUCUAGGCGGUACUGCACAAGUAUGGGACAUUCACUCCUUGAUCCAUCCUCAUUCUAUUUUUGAAGUGGUAGCCGCCCUGCGUGUACAUGCUAUGAGCAGAGGCAACUGGCACUGGGUAUUGCCAGUCUGGCUGCUUGGUAUGGUGCCCGUAGGCACUAACAUAUGGAUCCUGACGCAAGAGACAUGGCUUUUCAUUCCUCAACUUCUAUGUAUGGACAUGGUUGAUGUCUACAGGAGUGAGUUGUUGCUUUCCAUAUGUCUAGAUGUACUUGUUGACGCCCCUACUCGCGAUGUAGUGACAAUCGUUACUCGUGGAUCUGUGGUUGUCUCGGACACCCUCGUAGUUGCAGCAACAUGGUACUACAUUAGCCGUACAAGCUCCGUGAGAACACAGCUGGUACGAGAUAUGUGGGCUGUAAGACCCACUCUCACCACUGUUAUGUUCCGAGAUGGUGAGUACUAG